CUAUCUUCUGGACCAUGAGCAAGUGGAAUGAUGAGAUUCAGGAGAUGGACUACGCUUGUGAAAUUAAACUUACUUCAGCUAACAAUUAUUACGACGAGUUUUUUUUAGUAAGAAUCACCCAGAAGGACAAGCAGACAUAGACUGGAAACGAGGGCUGGAAAGUUCAAGCAUCGGACCGUCGCCAGAGUUUUGAUUCUCAAUAAGAAGAGCAGCAACUCCUCCCCUUGGAGUGUGGAUUAUCAUUCCUAUCACAAGCACAUACAGUACAGUGUGCAGGAAGUCGCAGUGCACUCAGACUCAGAACUUUCUAAGGAAUGGCUCCAGGUGACUGCUGCGUGCCACCGCCUCCUUCUGCGUAUGAAGGCAACGGUGUGCAUGAAAACUGGGACGGGGUUGAUGUCUAUGCUUCUGGAUCUUCCACUUCCUCAUCUGCAAUUGUUUUUAUCUGCGAUAUAUACGGAUAUGAAGUCCCGCAAGCAAGAAAUCUGGCUGACAAACUUGGAGCUACCGGCCACUAUGUGAUAGUCCCAGAUUUUUUCGACAAAGACUUCUUCUAUUCACCGAAUCCUGAGAAUUUAUACGAGGGACUUCCAGAAUGGCUUGGGAGACAUCCUCAGCCGCAGGCUAUUGAGAGAGCCUCUAAAAUGAUUGAUAUACUACGUACCAAGGGUGUGAAGAAAGUUGGAGUUAUGGGAAAUUGCUGGGGAGCGAAGAUCGCCAUCAGUUUGCUAUUCGGAGACAAGGGAGACAAGGGCGCCGAUGCUGGGGUCAUGAACCAUCCCUCAUUCCUCACACACGACGAUGUGAAAGCGGUGAAAGUUCCUCUAGCCAUACUCGCCGCCGGUAUAGACUUCAUCACCCCACCAGAAAUGGCGAGAGAGUUCGCCGAGAUUCUUGCCAAUCACCCUGAGGUUGGAGACAGAUCUUUCGUGAAGGUUUUUGAAGGAGUCGAACAUGGAUGGACAACCCGAUACGACACAGGCGACCAGACUGCUUGCCAGAGAGCCGAAGAAGCUCACCAAGACGCCAUUUCGUUCUUCGGCAAAUAUCUGCAAUAAUAAUCCGAUACUGAGCUAACCUGCUGCUUAGAAUAAACAAGUAUUUCUUCUGUUUUCAUUUUAUUCAUGAAGAAAUUUAGAAAAAACAGAAAAAAAGUAUAUUUAUGCCACCGUAACGUAUCGGCACUAGUUACGGGACGAAGGAGGCAAUUAGAGAACCUUGCGUCUGCUAUAGCUAGGGUGAACCUCUAGCGAUUCUGUCGUAGUUCGAAUCCAGCUCCAGUGUGGGGUCUACUUUCGCCUCAUUUGCCAAUAAGUGACAGCUAGUCCGACGUUCCGAGUAAUGUUCCUGCUCCUGGAAACCAAAGGAAGAAAGUGCAGAGAAUACCUUUUCUCUUAUUCUCAGUAAAGUGACUGUCUUGAAAUGUCAAACUCGUGCGAGUACCUUUUUGUUGCAGUUAACCUUUUCA